AUGCGUCAUACAACUCAGAAGCAGAGGGAAGAGAAGCAUAAGGAGCCAGCUGACGCCGGAGCUAGGGGCCCCCCCCCCAGCCAGUGGAUAAACCACCGCACCGCCAUUGAAAACUUUGCCUUGACGUUGAAGACCACGGCCCAGAUGCUCCAGGUGUUCGGGGCUCGCCUGGCCACCACAGAGCUGCCCACAGGUGUGCUGCCCACUGAAGACCUUCUCAUGGCCCACACAAGGCAGCGGGACAAGCUGCAGGAUGAGCUGAAAUUGCUUGGAAAGCAAGGGACCACACUGCUGUCCUGCAUGCGAGAGCCAGUAACUAAGCCCCCCGCCAGCAAACCCAAUCCCAGUGAACUUGAGAAUGCGGCUACCAUGGAAAGGCUGUUAGUUCAACUGGCUGAAACAGAAGAGGCCUUUAGUCAGUUCUGGUCCGAGCAUCACCUCAAGUUUCACCAGUGCCUACAGCUUCAGCAGUUUGAGCACAACUUCUGUAAGGUUAAGCUGGCCCUGGAUAAUCUGCUGGAGGAGGAGGCAGAGUUUACAGGUGUUGGAGACAGUGGGAUGCAUGUGGAGCAACUGCUCAAGGAACACAAAAAACUAGAGGAAAAAGCCCAGGAGUCCUUGGACAAGGCCCAGCUGCUUGCACUGGUUGGGGACCAGCUCGUCCAAAGCCGUCAUUACGCCGCAGACUCCAUCAGGCCCAGGUGCGUGGAGCUCAGGUGCCUCCGUGACGACUUCGUCAAUGAAAACCAGAGAAAAGAUGACCUCUUGGGGAAGGCCUUGGAGCUGCAUCGACAGCUGGAGACGGUCAGCCGGUGGUGCGAAGCGGGGAUCUACCUCUUGGCUUCCCAAGCUGUAGACAAGUGCCAGUCUCGAGAGGGGGUUGACAUUGCCUUGAAUGACAUUGAUUUUUUUUCACAGCCAAAGAUUUGA